AUCAGACAGCGUGAGCCGACUCUUGCUUAGAAAUUUGACCAUCUCUAAUUAAUAUCUUUGUCAUCGAUGCUGCUAUUUCCUCCGUAGUAGACACUUGUGCGCUCCGUCCGUGUAGCACUCAAAGGUAUUACAUUCCUCGACGCAAUCAACACAAGGCGGCUCUCACCAUGAUAACGACAUAGUCUUCAUCAUGACGCAGAAACCCGUUCUCAUCUCAGGUGCUGGCUUGGCCUCUCUUCUUCUAGCUCGAUCUCUUUUACGCUCUCAUAUCGCUUUCCAAGUCUUCGAACGCGAUGCAUCUAUCAAAUUCCGUGGCCAGGGUUACCGCCUACGCCUUUCGUCCGAGGGUCUUGAUGCAAUCGAAUCCGUCCUCGACCCUGAGGCGUUUCAGCGCUUCUACGAUCGCUGCGGGAAAACAGGCGGCAGCGGGUUUGCAGGAUUUGACGCUGUGACAGGCGAGCUGCUGGAGGAGAACAAGAUGGGCGAAAACCUCGGUUCGCGGGAAGGGAAAAUCGUAGGCAUCGCCCGAGGAGAUAUGCGAAGUCUGUUUAUGGAAGGAUGUGAGGAGUAUGUGCAUUUCAACAAGCACGUCAAGGGCUACGAGUUGACUGAUGAUGGAAUUCGAGCCAUCUUUGCUGACGGCACGAAAUCUGUCGAGGGGUCUCUCCUGGUCGGCGGUGAUGGUAGCAAAUCGAGUGUGGCCAAGCAGGUGUCCGGCGGUCGGCUCAAGGUCUACGACACCGGUGCAAGAGGCAUACAUGGGCAAGCACCUACGACGGCAUUUAAAGGUCUCGGGGAGGGUGUUUUCCGGCUGGUUGACGAUACAAAACUUGAGGGUCGGCUCUCCCUCAUCACCAACGUUCGUCCCAACGAUAUGGAUGACCCGAAUGUCGAAUUUGGCUGGACCCUCGCGGGCGUGCCUGGUGUCAUCAAAGCUCCUAACGACGACUACACGAUCAUCGGAAAGACUGCAGCUGAAAUUGCCAAAUCGCUCACAGCACCUUGGCUUCCUCGCUUUAAGCCGUUGUUCGACAACAUGGUUGAGUCGGAAGCAGCUUUUUGGAAGAUAACUUGUUCAACUCCGAGCGGCGUUCCAGAUUGGCCCAACGAACCCAGAGCGACGCUAAUUGGAGACGCUGUUCAUUCAAUGACUCCAGCUGGUGGAAUUGGUGCCAAUACAGCCGUGCGGGAUUCGGCAUUGCUGGGGCGGUUGUUGCACGAAGCUGGUGGAAACAAGGACGGCGUGACGGCCGCCUAUGAGAGAGAAAUGAGAGUAUAUGCCAGCGAGGCCGUAGCGCACAGCUACGCCAUGGCAUCGAAGCAGAUGAAGGUCCACAUUGACGAGUCAUCUCAGGCAGUCUAAGCAGAGCCGAUGCGUCAAGCUUGAGAGACUCCCGAAUGGCUUCGCCUUGUCAGCAAAGCUUCUUCCCGAUUCAGGAAUCCAUGGCCCUUUGUGAGCCUCUGGCAGAGCAAACGAAACACCUAACGGCCGGAAGGCUGCUCUUGCUAAUCGGUGAUCAUACCGAUGCUUAUUCCUGCCCUUUGUCCGUCUAUGAUCAAUCUCACUACUCGGGAAUCUCCUCCUUACAUAAUUCGGGAAGCGCCCGGUGAGCACUCAGCAGCACGUCCUGUCAGCGAUUGGGGACAAGAACUCCUGCUUUUUACAACCACACCCGUCAGUAUAGUGUCACAUAAAACAUGCCUAUCAUUGAACAUCUGAUCCACAUGUCAUGAACGCUACAACUGCCGGUCACACUGAGGUUCUUGAAUAGGACAUGAUCACAACCCAGUCAUCUCUCAAUCGAGCAUUGUCUAGAGUCGGAUGGGUGACCGCGUCAGCUUCGCGCUACCUGUUGUCAAUCUAUGGAGCGUUGCAGAGGAACUAUUCUCCUGUCGGUCUGCUCAAGUCGAAGAAACUGAUUUUGAGUCAGUAAGGUCGCUCUUCGUAGACGGUAGAGUUAAAUAUGUGCUUUCCGCC